AUGGUUAAACUCGACAUUGCAUUCCUUGCUGUGGCCGUCCUUGGUCCUACUCUCAGCGUCGCCCAUCCUAUAGAUCUGGAUGAUCGCGGUGCCCCUGUGCAACCUGGACUUGUAGCUAGACAAAGCAGAAAAUUUAAUUGCAACUAUGCCUCAGACAAAAGGGCCCAAGCCACCACAGUCGCUGCUUGCGUUGACUCGAUUGCAGAUUACGGAAAAGACGGAAGAGUGUGUCCAGCGGUUAGAUACCGCGAGGUCUGCAAGAAGUUCUCAUCUAUACUUGUUGCUGUCGCCGAUGGUGGGAACUCAAGAGCCCCGUGUUCUAGGUGGGCACAGGAUCUGGGAGCCUAUUUAGACCGUUGUACAAAUGAUAGAGGAACGGUUAGGGGGAGCGUAUUUGUUAACCACCCCACUGGCAGUUACCAGAUUAAUGUCCAAGGAUGA